GGUAUAUGUUAAAUGAUAAAGAGAAAGAUAGAUAUAAAAUGAUAGUGGGGAUAAAAAGGCAAAGAAGAAUCACGUGACCCAGCCGAUCAUCAGCAGAAUCCGCGGCGUCCGCCGAAAAUCUAAAUUCGUCUGAGCCGAGAAGAAGAGGAAGAAGAAGAAGAAGAAGAAGAAGAAGAAGAAGAACCGUCUCUUCACCGGGUCUCACAUCAGUACUCAUGGGCAACUAACAUUAACAAAAUUACAUUCAUACAUACGCAUACACAGAUUCUAAGGAACUCAGAGUGAGACAGAGAGAGAGAGAGUGUGUGUAUGUAUGUGUGUGUGUAAGAAAGAGAGAGAGAGAGAGAAUAGAAACUUAGUCGAUAAUCGUCCUUAGGGUGAACCAGAUCUCUCUCACGUGUCUCCCAUCAUCUUGCACGCGGCCAAGUUCUUCAUUUUUUUAUAUUUUCAUCUUUUUUUUUUCAAUAUCCGAUAAAGAAGAAAAAGAAAAAGAAGUAGCAGCAGCUAGAAGAAAGAUUGGAUAUUAUUUUAAUUUUGUCCUCUUUUUUUUAUCCCCCCCAUUCCUUGAUUUUAUUAUUGUUGCGUGUGUGUAUGUGAAGAACUUAUAACAUUUUUGAGGGUGGUUUUGUUGUUGGUUGGUGAUUGUUCUCUCGUUGGAUCGAGAGUUUUUUUUUUUUUAAUAAAAUAAGUGAAUCUAAGGAAGAGGAUGAUACAUGUCGAUGAAACUGAUCCUGUUGGUGAAUUGGAACCCAGUUUCCCGUACAGGGACGUUAGAGUACGUCGAGGAAUUGAAUUUAAUGAACAAUAUGACAUCCAAUCAGAAAUUGGUCGAGGAAAAUUUGGCACAGUUUAUCGAUGCAAGGAAAAAAAAACCGGCUUAUCUUUGGCUGCUAAGGUGGUUAACGUAUCCAAGAAGGAAGAUCGUAGAUCUGUCGAGAGGGAAGUUGAUAUUAUGAGAAGACUACAACAUCCACGAUUGAUUCAACUUUAUGAUGCUAUCGACAAUGGCAAACAAAUUUAUGUUAUUUUGGAAUUAAUCGAAGGUGGUGAACUUUUCGAAAGGGUUAUCGACGAUGAUUUUUUAUUAACCGAACGUAGUUGUGCCGUUUUCAUGAGACAAAUUUGCGAAGGGAUUGAAUUCAUUCAUGCUCAAAAGAUUCUACAUCUUGAUUUAAAGCCAGAAAAUAUUCUAUGUUUGACAAAAGAAGGUAACAGAAUAAAAAUCAUUGACUUUGGAUUGGCCAGAGAUUACGACCCUAAUAAAAAACUUCAAGUAUUGUUUGGUACACCGGAAUUCGUAGCACCGGAAGUCGUUAAUUUCGAUCAGAUUGGUUUUGGAACUGAUAUGUGGAGCAUUGGUGUCAUUUGUUAUGUACUAUUGUCAGGAUUAUCACCAUUCAUGGGAGACACGGAUAUUGAAACCAUGGCUAAUGUUACCAUUGCUAAAUAUGAUUUUGAUCAUGAAGCAUUUACUGACAUAUCAGAAGAUGCAAAAGACUUUAUCAGGUGUCUAUUAAUCAAAGAUAAAGAAAAACGCGCAACGGCAUCGGAAUGUCGUGAACAUCGUUGGUUGGCCAAACGGGAUAAUAAUAAUCCUUUGAUCCUGGAAGAGAAAAAAGUCAAAUUAAAGAAAGAACUAUCGAAUGAUGAACAAAUAUUAACAUCGUCCACUCAAAUGGGAAAACAAAUUAAUGGGAAGGAAGAAAAAUCAUCAUUGAAGGAAGAAGAAAACCUUGAUUUAACAAAGGACAAUUUGAGACUGUUCGUUGAACGUUGGAGAGAGCAUCCUGAUAGUCCAUACAUCAUAGACACCAUACAAAAUGUAUCUAAAUUUAAUACAUGGAACGAUAUUGAAGAAACUGUAUCGUUGCGUGCACAAAGUCCAUCACCUAGGGAAAGUAUUUGUAGUAUGGGAUCAUCUGAAACCGAAUUCAGUAAUUCCCCAUCGUUUUUGAAUGUACCCAGUAUUGGGUUAGCUUUAGAAAGAAGGGCUUCGGAAGGUACUGCAAGAAAUAAAUCACGUGAUCAGGCUAGUCAAAUAGUAUUGGCUGAAGAGAUCAUUAAAUUGUCAGAACAUUUGCGUACCAUUGCUGGUAGUGGUGGUAUUGAAACUUCUAAAGAAACUGAUGAUAAUUUUGGUUCUACUAGUAUUAUUGUAGAUAAUGAUAAAUCAUUUGAAAGAUCUACUAACAAACAAUUGAAAAAUAAUCAUGUCAAACGUAUGAUUUUGGAAACUAAAGAGUGUAAUGAGAUUACAGAAAAAUUGUCAACAUUAACUAGACAAAGAAAACUCAAUGGGACUACUUUUCACAGUAAUCGUAAUUUGGAACGUUAUAAUAAUUCGAUAGACAAUCAUUCGAUGAAUAUGUUUGCUUCGUUUAGAAGAAGAAAAGCUAUAGAGGAUAAAAUGUUUUCUUUGAGUAAAAAUAAUUCGGAAGAUAACAGUGUAAAUGACGAUAGUUCGAGUACUACAAGCAGUUCGAUUAGAAUUAAAGAGGAUAAUAAAACAAAAGCUAUGAAAUUAGAUAAAAAUAAUGAUAUUGAUUUAACACCACCAUGGAGACGUAACAGGGUUAAACAUUCCUUCGGUGAGACUAGCAGAGAUGUACCUAGGAUAUCAAAUUUACGUGAUUUACAUAAAAGUUUGAACUUAGAUGAACCAGCCAAUACGAAAGAUUUAUUGUUACAUUUGUUAGGUGAAUGGGAGGAAAUUGGUAACAAAACUUCAACGUUAGGUAGAAAAUCUGUUAGCAUUGAUUGGUGCGGUGAAGAAUCUGUUGCUAGAAAAACUAUGAACUCAUUGGCAGAAUAUUUUCAAUCGAAACAACAAAAGUCUACCGCCAGUAAUGUUCCUGAUGAUUCACCGCCACCUAUUUAUCGUUAAAAAUUCAAAUCUAAUUUAGAUUUUUCAGGCUUGGAUUUUAUAUUUUUGAUGGACCUUCAUCUA